AUGGGCGGCGACGCGACGGAGAUUGCCAUCCUCGAGAGCCAUGGGCCCCAGGAGAUGGCCUCGCUGCCGAUCCCCGACGAGCUCCUGCCUGAAAUCUUCCUCCGCCUGCCCACCCCCGCCGACCUCGUCCGUACCUCCGCCGCCUGCGUCUCCUUCCGCGGCGUCGUCACCGACCGCCCCUUCCUCCGGAGGUACCGCAAGAUCCACGCCCCGCCCCUCCUGGGCUUCCUCGACCUGAACGGAGUCUUCCACCCCGCCGAGCCGCCUCACCCCUUCACUUCGGCAGCAGAAGCCUUCGCCGACUUCAGCUUAUCCUUCCUCCCUGCCCCAGCCAGCGACUGGGCCAUUCAAGACAUCCGCGACGGCCGCGUCCUACUUGGCAGGCGCGGCGUCUUCACGGAGUUUGUGGUAUGUGAUCCCUUGCACCGGCGGCACAUCCUGCUUCCCCCAAUCCCUGAUGUCAACCAGUGGCUUCCUUCAGUGGACAACUCACAUAUCUUCCUCAUGGGCGGCGAUGAGGAUGCUUCGGACGAAACAUUUUUCAGAGUGAUAUAUGUGGCAGUCAACCAACAUAAGCAGGUCGCCUUGGUCUUCUCUUCCAGCACCGGACAAUGGCGAGCCACUCCUCCAUCAAUAGUGCGAUCACCUAACUCAUACUGGCUCCAGUGUGCGUAUGGCUGCUUGUAUGGGUUGACAGAGAGAAAUCAGAAGUUACAGGUGCUUGACACCCAGAGGAUGGUGUUCUCACUCUUAGACCUCCCGCCUGAAGCCAGAGCCGGAGGUUCUUCUUAUGUGCACAUAGCCAUUGUGGAGGCAGGGGAGGGCAUCAUUGGGAUGUUUGUGCUACCACAUAAGACAUAUGACCUCAGUUAUUUCAUUAAGAGAAACAACGGUGGAAGUUCCAGCCACUGGCAGUUGGAGAAGACAAUCUCACUGGAUUCUUCUCAGUACUCUCUAAACAAGCAUUCAACAGGGAGGAAAUUGUUCCUAUACCAUCGGGGAAGCCCAUCGCUUGUUGCCGGCCUUUUCUCAAUGGACGUCAAGACAUUCCAGCUUCAGAUGGUGUUUGCCUGCAAAUAUUAUGGCAUGCUUUACCCACGGGCAUAUUACAACUUUCCACCAUUCUUGUCGACUCCAAUAGUAUCAAGUGGUACUCAGGAACAAGGUGUGGAGACGCCACAAGCUGAAGAAGAGCCCAUAGAUAGCCCUCAGUACGAGAGCACUGUUAAUGAGGCAAAUGUUGGAAGUCCUGCCGAUGUAUCGAGGACUGGAGAUGGUUCUGAUUGA